AUCGGUAGCGAAAGGUCACGGUCGUCGACCGUCGUGCUGGAUCUUGGAACCAACCCUGAUGUGAACGACGGAUCACGAGGGUCCUCGAAGGCAAUCGAGGACACGAUGGUCUUCCUGGAAGACCCGAGGAUGAUCUUCGUGGACAUGAGACUCCAUGCGACCAGCACGCCGACUUGCACCCCCACGCGUUACCUCCAUCGGAAGUACAGGCCGCAGAACAACAACAACUAUGCAGACCUUCAUGGCGAGGUGGACGGACCGGACCUCAGCGGCGACGAUAGGAGUAUCAAUAGUGAUAUUCAAGACGCCACUGAAGCGAACCUCGAUCAUGAUUCCAUGGACUCGGACAGGGAAGCUCUCAAUUUGGUCACGGACGUGUCGCAGCGGAACAGCAGCAGCGGAACUAGCGGCAGCGCUUCCUCGCCUAGUUCCGGGGUGAGUAGUCAGUUAACUGGAAAUCAUCAACAGCAGCAACACACAGCAGGCCAGUCGAACAACAGCAACUCGCAAGCAGCCCUGGCUGCUCAACUAGUCAGCCAGCAAUUGCUGAUGCACGGAUCUCUCGGUGCUCUCGGACCGCAGGAAAUUCAAGCACUUGCGUCAACGUUCCAACAGCAACAGCAGUCGCUGCAGCAACAGCUGCAGCAACUAGCAAUGUUUCAGCAAGCCAACUCCGCCGCGGCUGGCCAACUUCCGGCCCAGGCGCAGUUCUUCUUGCAGAACCAGGUACAGCAGGCAGUGGCACAGGCAGCUCAGCAAUUGCAAGCUCUGCAGAAGCAACAGGCUCUUCAAGGUAGCGGAGGCUUAGUUGGUCGAAGUCUGAGCCAACAAAGGUCACCACCACCGCCUGGAACACCUCCAGCGGUGAAACAACCGCCACCAAGAUUAGAACCAUCGCCGGAGGAGACCACGGACCUUGAGGAAUUAGAACAGUUCGCCAAGACCUUCAAACAGAGGCGGAUCAAACUUGGCUUCACCCAAGGCGACGUUGGACUCGCCAUGGGCAAACUUUAUGGCAACGAUUUCUCCCAGACGACGAUCUCCAGGUGGGCAAUUCUCAUUGCUACAUCCAUUUUACGACUCGAUUGUUUCGCUCUGUUCACCAGGUUCGAGGCGUUGAAUCUAUCGUUUAAGAAUAUGUGCAAAUUGAAGCCCCUUCUGCAGAAAUGGUUGGAGGAUGCGGACAACUCGCUGAACAACCCGAAUUCACUUUCGAACCCGCUUACAACGCCGGAAGCGAUAGGUAGACGACGGAAAAAAAGGACGUCGAUAGAGACCAGCGUGAGGGUUGCUCUGGAGAAAGCGUUCGUGCAAAACCCGAAACCUACUUCGGAGGAAAUUACCGUGUUAGCGGAUACUUUGGCCAUGGAAAAAGAAGUAGUCAGGGUAUGGUUUUGUAACAGACUUGUAACAACGUAUAACGAAGCGCUUCAUCGCCGCAUCCCGCCUCAUUGCAGACGACAGAAAGAGAAAAGGAUCAAUCCACCGACGGCUGCGAUGGGCAGUCCGACAAUGGCAUCGCCAGCACCUUCGGUGGAAACUAUCACCCGCUCAGCAGCAAGACUCACGAGUGACACCAGCCCACCCAUCAGGGGGAGACGCUUUACCAUCAGCACCACCAACAUCAGCAACAGCAGCAACGACGUUUGUGCAAUCUACCGGAAUUUUAUCACUAAUCCUGGCGAUGAUUCGGUGAUCACUCGGAGAACGCUUGAUUGA